AUGUCAUCACAGUCGCAAUUACGUUUGAUUAUCAACGAGUUCUCCAGGAAAUUUCAAACGAAAUUGAAUACCCAGAAGCUGCAUAGUUUCGUUACCAAGUCCCAACUCGCUCGUGAUCCGUAUUUCGCUACGCAGCUCGUUAGAUACUACUCCUUAAACGAUGAUCUUCUCUCUGCACGCAAACUGUUCGACGUAUUUCCUGAGAGAAGCGUUUUCCUCUGGAAUUCUGUUAUUCGAGCUUAUGCUAAAGCUCUUCAUCUUGUUCCCGCUUUGUCACUCUUCUCCGAGAUGCUUAGCUCUGAAACUAAGCCAGAUAGCUUCACCUAUGCGUGCUUAGCUCGUGGCUUCUCAGAGAGUUUUGAUACAGAGGGACUGAGGUGUAUCCAUGGGAAUGCAAUUGUAUCUGGUCUUGGAUUUGACCGAGUUUGCGGCAGUACAAUUGUGAAAGCUUAUUCAAAAGCUGGGCUUACGUUUGAAGCGAGUAAGUUGUUUUAUGCAAUACCAGAGCCAGAUGUUCCUCUAUGGAAUGCUAUGCUCUCUGGAUAUGGAAGCUGUGGAUCUUGGGAAGAAGGAAUCAGUAUGUUUAACUUAAUGUUACGUCAAGGAAAUAGACCUGAUUGUUAUACUAUGGUAGCCUUGAUGACUGGAGUUAUUGAUCCGACGUUAACACUCAUUGCUCAGUCUAUUCAUGGGUUUUGUUUGAAAGUGAAUUUGGAAUCUCAUUCUUAUGUUGGUUGUGGUCUGGUGAGCAUGUACUCGAGGUGUAACUGUAUUGCUUCUGCUUGUGGUGUGUUUAGUAGCAUCUCUGAGCCUGAUUUAGUUGCGUGUUCUGCUUUGAUAACGUGUUACUCGAAAUGUGGUAAUCAUAAGGAGGUUUUGUGUCUGUUUAAUGAUCUGAGAAUGAGUGGUAAGAAGCCAGAUUCUGUUCUUGUUGCGAUUGUAUUAGGGUCUUGUGCUGAGUUAUCGGAUUGGGUCUACGGACAAGAGGUGCAUAGUUAUGUUAUUCGACAAGGGCUGGAACUGGAUAUAAAGGUUAGCUCUGCUCUUAUAGACAUGUACUCAAAAUGUGGGAUUCUUGACUCAGCGAUGACACUUUUCGCUAAAGUCCCAGAGAAAAGCGUUGUUUCAUUCAACUCUGUUAUCUUGGGUCUUGGCUUGCACGGAUUUGCUUCCUCUGCUUUUCAAAAGUUCAACGAGAUGCUUGAGAUGGGAUUGAACCCUGACGAGGUGACUUUCUCUGCUCUUCUUUGCACAUGUUGCCACUCUGGUCUUUUAUACGAAGGUCAAGAUAUCUUCAUGAGAAUGAAGAACGACUUUGGUUUUGAGCCGCGGACGGAGCAUCAUGUUUUCAUUGUAAAGCUGAUGGGAAUGGCUGGAAAACUGGAAGAAGCGUUUGAGUUUGUAAUGUCAUUAAGAAAACCGGUUGAUUCAGGGAUUUGGGGAGCAUUGUUGUCAUGUUGCGAAGUUUAUGAGAAUACUCAUUUGGCUGAAGUUGUAGCAGAGAAGAUAAGGGAGAACGAGGAAGAGAGAAGAAGAAGUGUUUACAACGUUAUGCUCUCUAAUGUGUAUGCAAGAUAUGGGAAAUGGGAUGAAGCAGAGAUGCUUAGAGAUGGAGUUUCGGAAAGCUUUGGAGGUAAAUUGCCAGGCAUGAGUUGGGUUUAA